GACAGAAGAAGAAAGGGGAUGUGAUCGGCAAAGGUUGAGGUCGGUGAAAGAAGAAGGGGGAUGUGAUUGGCGAAGGCUGAGAUCGAGAAGGGGGAUGUGACCGGCGAAGGCUGAGAUUGGGAAGAGGGAUGUGACCGGCGAAGGUUGAGAUUGGGAAGAGGGAUGCGACCGGCGAAGGCUGAGAUCGGGAAGAGGGAUGUGACCGGCGAAGGCUGAGAUCGGGAAGAGGGAUGUGACUGGUGAAGGCUGAGGUCGAUGAUGACUUUGCUUGAUCUAUUUUGUUUCUGCUAUGUACCUCUGGGUUUUGCUUUUGCACAGAAAUGAAAAGCUUGCUUUCUAGUUUUGCUUCUGUACAAUGGAAAAGGGUUGGAUUGGAAGCCGUCGACGACGAAGGUUGCUUAAAUCUCAAGCAUAGGCCGACGGUGUGAGAUUGGCAAGAAAACUGAUCUGUUUGGGUUUUUUUUUUUUAAUUGAUCUCAUAUCUUAAUUUGUAAUUUAAGUGUAUGGUUUUUAUUGUAUUAACAUAAAAAAAAAAGAGAUAAAAUAGGUAAAUUAUA